AAUAUUAAAAUAAACAGGCUAAGUAAUAAGCUUAACUUUAAGAAACUUAAACCUUACAAAGUUAUAAAGAAAAUCAGACCUAUUAAUUACAAAAUAGAUCUUCUACUUACCCUAGAAAAACAAGGAAAAACUAUAUAUCUAAAUUUCUACAUUUCGCUAUUAAAAAAAACACUAGGAAAUAAAGAAAUAGGUAAAGUUAUACAGGACGAAAUUAUUAUUUAA